AUGAUUGACCAUGGAAAGAAACAACCAAUCGAUGGAGGAUCAACUGAAGAUACUGACCAGGAACCACAAUCCGGUUCCGUUGAAUCGGACACACAGGAUCUAACGCCUCUCACAUCUUUUCCUACGGAGAAUCUUGGAUCGUAUCCUAGUGGAGGGACGCACAAUGUUCUCCUGGCGGAUAGCUUUAUUCCCAAUUACGAAGAUACGCACUUUGAUUGGAUUCUUCGAGAUGCUGGGGACAGGAUGGACUUCAACGCUCUUAAUUUCUCUCCUGACCGCAUGCUACUUGACCACGCAACUUCGCCACUGUUCUGGUCAACAUACCCAAGUUAUCAAAAUACCGCCCAAGAACCAGCCUCUAAGUACAAAGAGCCUAAUGCUCAGCAGGAAGCGUGGCUCCUCGACCCACAUGAGCCUUUCGAGAGAUCUCUGGAUAUUCCAAGUCUGGGUGGCCAACGCACUGAUCUAUCCAAAACGGGAUCGUACUCUCAGAUCCGGCAUCUUGCUGAGGAAGAUCGAGAUCGUAUCCGACGAUCCGCCAAGGCUUGCCUUGAAGAGCCGCUCUGGGCUACUGUUUCGUUUUCUGAUUUCCCAAGCAGAGAAAAACUAGACCACUGCAUUGAUCUCUUCUUCACAAAUUUCCGACCGGUUCUGAGCUUCAUUCAUAAACCCACUUUUGAUCCAACAACUGCCCCAGAUACGCUUAUUCUUGCAAUCGCCAGUAUAGGGGCACGAUUCACCAAUCUUACCGGGGCAGCAUCCUUCGCUAAUGUUAUUGCCAAAUUAAAUCGCCGCCUAUUACUUUCGACGGGUGAACGCGAACCACGAGUCGCACGCUCCGAGUCUUUUAUGGCGGCCCAGCUGCUCCAGGGCAUCUACGGAUAUUGUAGUGGCGAUAAGGUCUUGUUCAACUAUAGCGAGAGCCUGAGAUGGUCGUUAGUCCAAACGGCGAAACAAAUUGGCUUAUUUCAUGACGCACCACGGCAGACCUCCUUUACUCAUAGCGAAGAUGCAGAGGUUCGGUGGAUGUCCUGGGUUGCUACUGAGCGACGUAAGAGACUGGGAUGGGCUAUAUACGAGUUUGAUGCCUUGGUAAGCGUUCUUCACAAUCAACGCCCGGCUUUCAGCACGGGCGAUCUGACGCUCUCCCUCCCUGAAGAUGCAGACUACUGGGAAGCCCCAUCAGCCUACUCUUGGAUAGCACUACGCCCGUGGAAGACAGAUCCAGAAUCGAUUGGCUUUCGGAUUGCAGCUCGUAGCUGUUUCGAUCCAAGUCUGAUGGACAGUGUUCGGUUGACCGAUACACAACAUAUCCAUAUCAUUGUAGUGAUGUUGGCUCGCUUUGUUUGGUCACUUAAAGAGCUACAAGUGUCGCCCCUCAUGGAGGUGGUGCCCGAUUAUUUGCCAAUUGCUCAGCAUAAAAUGACACUUACGGACAAGAUGGGAGAUUUCCUGGUUUCACCCCAUGCAGUAAAAUACUCAACAACAGCAGGAGAUCGCGCCUUUGUUCAUGUUGUUCAAAGAGCCCUCAUUAUCCACACGUCGUAUUUAUAUGCCGCGAGCGACUUGAUGGACUGGCUACCAGCUCUACUUCGCAGCGCGGGCCUUAACAAGGCGGCUCGCGAACGCAUGGCCAAGUGGGGAGAAGAAGAUCCAGCACGAGUACGCAAGGUCAUAUAUCAUAGCUCGCAAAUCAUAGCGAUUUGUCGGGACUUUCCGUUCAAUACCCCGUACGAGUCUUUUUACGUUUUCUACGCCGGCUCUGUAUUGUGGUGUUCCGCUACACUGUUGACCUCUCCUCUUGGAGAUGGCAUCCGCGGAGGUAAUAGUGAGAAUAUUGGUUCUGAAAAGAAAACGGACCAUAUUAUUCUUCUAUUGGACAAACCGUCACCUGAUGAUGUGGCAGGUUGGACUUCAGAAAUUCUUCAGUGGGUUCGAGAGGGUGGCCAGAACAUUGAACUCGGAAUGUAUGGCGUGCCAAAUUUGAGCGCGACAGAGAGUCGAGUGCAGGUGCUUCAAGAGACUGUCCGCAUAUUACAAAACAUGCGCUUUUGGGAUAUCUCACGGGCGUUUGCUUCCACUCUCAGACGCCUCAUACGAGCUGUAGAGGUCACUAAUAUAUAG